UCUUGCUCCAAAACUACCGUUGCUUUUCCAAAAAUUCUGAUGAUGUUGAUCCGCAGUGCCCUGCUGUUGGCCAUGGCUAUGGCAGGGCGGCUGAACCAAAAUGUCUUUGAGGAAGGCAAAAUUCCCUGCGGCUGCAACAACAAGGUGGGUCUCCUGGCGCCCAAAGAAAAGCUGCAGGGAAUUGACAUCGCACCGGACGCCGCCUGUGCCAAGCCGGGGGUGCAUGCUUCGAAGACGCCGGGAAGGUUCUGCUCCUGUGAUCAGGGCAAGGCCAAGAAUUGGAAUGUGGCCGCGACAGCUGCACAAAAGAGGUUGGAUGAUGCCUUGCAGCCCAAGAUUGAGGCCUUGAAGAGCUUGAUGGAAAAGCUACAGGAGAAGAUGGGCGUAGAGAUCGACAGCUCGUCCAUCGGCAAGGUGAAACCCAAGGUCACCAGCUUCCCAAGGGUGUUUUCCAAUGUUUUCCACAUCCGAUGCGAGUUUGAUGGUUUGGGCCAUGGAGUCAUCAACGCCCAGGCCCCAGACCGUGCCUGUGAAGACGAAUUUGCCACCGAGACGACGGCAGAGGUGACGGAACCCGAGGAGGAACCCCAGGAGCCUCUGACCACCGUGGAGCCUCUGAGCACCGUGGAGCCGGAACCAGAGACGGAAGGCGAAGAGGAAGAAGUCACAGGCUCCGGGGCGUCCGAGGCGUCCGAGGUGGAUGCAGUCCCCUCUCCUCCAGCCCCUCCGGUGUCUGACUCGCGGUCGGCGCUGCUUCGACAGAUUCAGGAAGGGACCAAGCUGAAGAAGACCAAGGCGGCCCCUUCUCCGCCCACGCCUGCGGCGCCGGCGCGGAGUCAGCUGCUGGAUCAGAUCCAGGGAGGCGUGCAGUUGAAGCCCGCCAAAGCUCGAGAGCUGCCUCCAAAACCAGAGAGCCCGAGCACGCCACGGGAGGAUUUAAUGAGCCAGAUCAAGGCCGGCAUCCAGUUGAAGCCACCCAAGAAAAGAACGCCAAAGGCCGCAACCACCAGGCCGCCAACUCUUCUGGAUACCCUGAAGAACAGCCCCAAGUUCCAAGCCAUGUCGGAGCACAUGAACUCCGAAGCUGAGACGCCCGAGGAAGAUGAUGGAGACUGGGACUAGACGACCUGAAGAGCUGAAGAGAGCUGAGGAAAAA